AUGCACGACUGGACGCAGCGCAACACCGAGUACCCGUCCUCCGACGGCGGCAGCGUCUCGCGCACCGACUCGGUCGGCGCGACUCUCUGGAACUGGGCGAACGGCCGCUCGACUGGCCCGUCUGCGCAGACGACGCCGGCUACGAGCCGCGACGCGAGCGUGGACGGCGGCGCGCAGUUUGCGGGCGGCACCCUCCCCGGGGGUGCCGGAGGCAUCCCGACCGUCGCGUCCAACAGCAGCCUCUGGAACUGGCGCGUCUUCGCUCUCUCUCGCAGCUGCUCGUCGCGGGAGCCGUCCGUCAAGGGCGGGAACGCCUUCCUUGCCGGCGGAGGCAUGCCGCGCAACUCGUCGGCCUCGCGCCUGUGGGCGUUUGGGCAGGGCGCCGGCCGCUCGCCGACCACGAGCCCGCCCGUCUCGCGCGAGGCGAGCGCGCACGCCGGCAGCGAGCUCCGCGGGCUUGGAGCUAUGCGCUUGUCCGUGCCAGGGACGUCGCACGGCACUACCGGCUCGCCGGCCCCGCUUGCCAUCCCCGGACGGCACGACCGGCUCGCCGGCGCCGUCGCCUAA